CAAUUGUGCGAAUCGGAGCAGUUCCAGACACUGCAGGAUGAUGCAGCCCUGGACUGGACACAAGAGCAGGAACCCGCCCGUGGCCGCUUCCGCAAAAGCCUGAAGAUGUUCCGGCAGUUCCUGCGCAUUCAGUGUAGGAAGACCAGCAGCACAGCAGCUGCGGGCGCAGCCGAGCCUGACUCGGGGCUGACCGAGCUCCAGGCAGAGCCUGAUGGCAGCCCAGAUUUGGCUGAGCGCUCAGAAGACUCUGAGACCUCAGAGACUGAAACCUGGGCAAAGGCUCAUCUCAUGUCAAUGACUGAGGACGUGGCCAUCACAAACACCAAAACCAGAGAGACUCAGGGCCUUACAAAUACUGAUACCAUGCCUGCUCCAACUAUGAUUCAUGCUCCCAUUAUGGAUUUUUUCGAGGAGAGUGCUGUUCCUUCUCACCAGCAGCAGCAGGUGCCAGCCAAGGUGAAGAACAUGCACCAGAGUCUCAUGUCCCAUGUCUCUGUGGAUGCCAGGCUGCAAACGGACAUUGUGAGGCUGGCAGAAGAACACCCUGCUGACGCGGUGCUGACCCUCCUGCGCUGUGCCCCAACGUGUGACAGAGCUGCUGCAAUGAUGUGGAGAGCCAUAGGCUCAUCGGGACCAGCACUGGAGAAAGCGCUGCCAACACUGCUCUGUGUGAUGGAGGACUGGCCUCUGCACACAAUGUGCACCUCCAAUGGGGACAACAAGGACCUUUUUGCCCUGGCUGCAACUCUGGUGAUCUGGGUGAUUGUCCAAGUGCCUGAGUGCCACGAGACCAUCGUCCUUUAUUCCUCCUCCCUGUUUGUGGCUCUGCUCUCCCAUGUUGUCAUCACCACACAGCAGAUGCCACCAGAGGAAGUUGAUAACUUCUGGAGAGCAUGCGGGGAAGAACGCCGCCUUCCCAGCAAGCCAAACAGGUUUGCAGUGCAGGCCAUGAAGGAUCUGCUCUGCUGACUGCAGUGUGACCAUGUGGUGGUGGCUAUGGAGCGCAAGGGGUGCUGGGACAUGAUGCUGUGUGCUCACACCCAGCACUAUGCCGUGGGUCUGCUGGCCAGGAAGAUGCUCCGUGUUUUGAUCCCUUUGUGUUCUCGCAUCGCACUCCACUUGCUCUGGCACCUCCGCAGGGAGGAGCCGUGCUGGGAUCUGCCCUUCCUGGCAUUCCUUGUGGAGGUGAGCCUGUUGGCCAGCGCUGCCUCACUGAGCUGCCUCCCAGCUCUCUGCCCUGUCGUAGCCACAGCUGCCAGGACAGUGCCCACGCCCUGUGCUGCUGCCUGGGCCCAGCCCUGUGUGGUUCUGGG